AUGGCCGAUCAGAACGACUCGGCCGCCGUCUUUGGCGAGCACGAGGUCACAGCUCCGUUCAGCUUUCCAACAGAAGAAGAAAAAGUGAUUCGAUACUGGCGAGCCAUCGACGCCUUCAAGACUUCGCUCAAACAGAGCGAGGGCAAAAAACCUUUCAGCUUCUACGACGGCCCUCCCUUCGCCACCGGUCUGCCGCAUUACGGCCAUCUUCUAGCUGGCACUGUCAAGGACAUUGUCACCCGACACGCACAUUCCACCGGCCACUAUGUCGACCGUCGCUUCGGUUGGGAUUGCCACGGCCUUCCCGUCGAGCACGAGAUCGACAAGCGUCUCAACAUCAAAGGCAAGGAGGACGUCAUGGCCAUGGGCGUCGACAAGUACAACGCAGAGUGCAAAGCUAUCGUCAUGACCUACCAGAGCGAGUGGAGGGACACCGUCGAACGCAUGGGUAGAUGGAUCGACUUUGACAAUGGCUACAAGACCAUGGACAUCAACUUUAUGGAGUCUGUCUGGUGGGUCUUCAAGACGCUCCACUCCAAGGGCCUCGUCUAUCAGGGCAUCCGUGUCAUGCCUUACUCCACCGCCUGCACCACCCCUCUCUCCAACUUUGAAGCCGGUCUCGACUAUCGCGAGGUGCAGGAUCCUGCCGUCACAGUCAGCUUCCCCCUCAUCGAUGAUCCCAAGACCGCCUUCCUCGCAUGGACCACCACGCCCUGGACCCUUCCAUCCAAUCUCGGCCUUUGCGUGCACCCCGACUUCAACUACAUCAAGAUCCACGACGACGAGCGCGACAUGAACUUUAUCAUUCACGAGGACCUCCUUACUACCCUCUACAAGGACCCCAAGAAGGCCAAGUUCCAAAGGUUGGAAACCUACAAGGGCAAAGAUCUCGUCGGCAAGAAGUACGAGCCCAUCUUUCCUUACUUCUACCAACGCUUCAAGGACCGCGCCUUCCGUGUCUUGUCGGAUACCUACGUUACCUCGGACGCCGGCACCGGUAUCGUACACCAAGCCCCCGCAUUUGGUGACGACGAUCACCGCGUCGCUAUCGCCCACGGCGUCAUCACCCGUGACGAGACUCCCCCCAACCCCGUCGACGGCUCCGGUCGAUACACAGCCGAUGUGUCCGACUACCAGGGCAUCCACGUCAAAGAGGCUGACAAGGCUAUCCAAAAAGACCUCAAGGCGCGUGGCCGUCUGAUCGUACAGGCUACCUUGAGCCAUCAGUACCCCUUCUGCUGGCGUUCGGGAACUCCGCUCAUCUACAAGGCCAUCCCUUCGUGGUUCGUGCGUGUCGAGCCUGCCAUCGAAAAGCUCGUCAAAAACAACAAUGCCACGCGCUGGGUGCCCGGCCAUGUCGGCGAGGGUCGUUUCGGCAGCUGGAUCGCCAACGCGCGUGACUGGAACAUAUCCAGAAACCGAUACUGGGGAACUCCGAUCCCCUUGUGGGCCAGCGAAGACAUGGAAGAGAUUGUCUGCGUCGGCUCGGUCCAAGAGCUCGAAGAGUUGUCCGGAGUCACUGGCAUCACCGACCUUCACAAGGAUAAGAUCGACCACAUCACCAUCCCUUCGCAGCAGGGCAAAGGUCAGCUCAAGCGUGUCGAAGAGGUCUUUGAUUGCUGGUUCGAGUCCGGUUCCAUGCCCUACGCUCAGGCUCACUACCCCUUUGAGAACAAGGACAAGUUCGAAAGGUCGUUCCCCGCCGAUUUCAUCUCCGAGGGUCUUGACCAAACCCGAGGUUGGUUCUACACGCUCCUCAUCUUGGCCACUCACCUUUUCGACACAGCGCCCUGGAAGAAUCUGAUUGUGAGCGGUCUCGUGUUGGCCGCCGAUGGCAAGAAGAUGAGCAAGUCGCUGCGUAACUACCCGGACCCCAACUUGCUCAUCAACCAGUACGGUGCCGAUGCGAUCCGACUCUACCUCAUCAACUCGCCCGUUGUACGUGCCGAGAACCUGCGUUUCAAGGAGGAAGGCGUCAAGGAGGUCGUCGCUUCCACGUUUUUGCCCUGGCUCAACUCGUUCCGCUUCUUCCUGGGCUCCGUCAACCUCUUUGAAAAGGACAACGGCGUCAAGUUUGUCUAUGCCAACAAUUCAAACAUGUCGAGCAACGUCAUGGACCGAUGGAUUCUUGCGCGUUGCCAGUCGCUCAUCAAGCUCAUCAGCGAAGAGAUGGCCGCAUACCGCCUCUACACGGUGGUGCCGCGAUUGGGUGAGCUGAUCGAUGAACUCACCAACUGGUAUAUUCGCUUUAACCGUCGUCGUUUGAAAGGCGAGAAUGGCAUCGAGGAUACCCAGGCUGCCCUCAACUCGCUGUUCGAGACACUGUUCACGCUCUGCCGCACCUUGUCGUCGUUCACACCGUUCUUGACCGAGAACCUGUACCAAGGUCUGCGCAAAUUCUUGCCACCACAGGCUUCUGACGACAAGCAGGACUACCGCAGUGUCCACUUCCUGUCGUUCCCUACCGUCAACGAGUCGUACUUUGACCCUGUGAUCCAGCGACAAUUCAAGGCACUUCAGUCAGUGGUCGAGCUAGGACGAGUGAUCCGUGUCAACUCGAACCUACCCAUCCGUGUACCGCUCAAGGAACUGGUCGUGUUCCACACCGACCCCGAGUACCUGAACGACGUCGAAUCGCUUGGCGACUACAUCCGCGAAGAGCUCAACGUGCGCGAUCUUACGCUUUCUUCCGACGAGGCCAAGUGCGGUGUGCGAUUCAAGCUGUUUGCCGACUGGCCUGUUCUGGGACGCAAGCUGCGCAAGGAUGUGGGCAAAGUUCGCAAGGGGUUGGAGAGCGUUACCUCGGCCGAUGCCAAGACAUAUCGCGAAACGGGUAAGCUCAACGUCGCCGGUGUGGAUCUCGUCGAAGGAGAUCUGCGUGUGAUCCGCUAUGUCGAGACCAAGGAUGUCGAAGGAACGUUUGAGUCCAACACGGACGGCAAUGUGGUGGUGCUGCUCGAUGUUCAGCAGCGAGCCGAGUUGGUCUCCGAAGGAACGGCGCGUGAGGUCGUUAACCGCAUUCAGCGUCUGCGCAAGAAAGCUGGCUUGGUGGCCACGGACGAAGUGGAUGCUUUCUACUCGUUCGAAACCGGCAUGGGUCAGGCGUUGGCGUCGUGCUUCGACAGUCAGAGCGAGACCUUCAUCAAGGCGUUGCGUAGAAAGCCUUUGCCUGAAUCGGAAAAGCCCGCACAGGCCAAGGUGAUCAUGCAGGAGCAACAGGAGGUGGGCGAGGAUAAGUUCUUGCUUACUCUCGCUUGGGCCUAA